AUGACAGGUCCCGCAUCUUUACUUUUGUUUUAUCGCAGAGGACCAGCUACCGUCCCGGGGGUUUCUUCCACAGGCCAGUUGUUUCGUUUCACAUCGCGUGAUCAGAAUGCCCUGGAACAGGAACUAGAAACAUUUUUGCGCUCGUCUCUCUCUUCAUGGAUGGCGGCAAAUGAUGGAGAGGAGGAGGCUACUGUAUCUCUGGUGGACGUGUUGGAAGAGGAGGAAGAACUGGAGAAUGAAGCCUCUGCUGUCCUUGGAGGGAGUGAUUCAGAGAAAUGCUCGUAUCCUGAGGGAUAUGUGAAGCGUCAAGCUCUGUAUGCCUGCAACACCUGUACACCAAAGGGAGGAGAGCCAGCUGGAGUUUGUCUGGCAUGUUCCUACAAGUGCCAUGAAGGCCAUGACCUUUUUGAGCUAUAUACCAAGAGGAAUUUUCGAUGUGAUUGUGGAAAUGACAAGUUUGGGGAAAUGGAAUGCAAGCUAUUUGUAGAUAAAGAGAAAGUGAAUUCAGGGAACAAAUACAGCCACAAUUUCUUUGGCUUGUAUUGCACAUGUGACAGACCCUACCCAGAUCCAGAGGACGAGGUUCCUGAUGAGAUGAUCCAGUGUGUAGUGUGUGAGGACUGGCUCCAUGGUCGGCAUUUGGGUUGUGUGGUGCCAGAUGGUGUAGAGCUACAAGAGAUGAUUUGCGAGUCUUGCAUGAACAAAUCACCUUUUCUGUGGACUUAUGCUUUACAUAUCGCAGUGCCACCAAUAACAAAAGUAAGUCUGUGCAAAGAAGAGGAGGAAGUAAAGGUGGAGGUAGAAAAUGAUGAAAAGGAGAAAAAGGUUAAAAAUGAGAACCCAAAGAGCCCCUUGGAUGAGAAGGUUCAGGUCAACGGGACAUCCGCCUGUAAACGGAAACACCAGGAUGAAACUGAAGGUUUCUCAGAGGAGGGCUCAUGCUCAGGUUGCAGGCUGAGAGAGAUGAAGGCCUCCGAGAGGAGCCGGACUCUGCAGGGUUCUGUGUUCUGGCCCUCUGCCUGGCGUACCAAACUCUGCACCUGCACUGACUGCAAGAUCCUCUAUGCAAACGCAGGAGUGUCUUUCCUCAUGGAUGAGAUCGACACGGUCCUGGCAUAUGAGAACAAGGGCAAGUCCACAGAGCAGGCUGAGCAAACCAGUGGAGGAGAGGGUCGUGACCCUUUGAUGUCAGCCCUAAACACCCUGAAUCGUGUUCAGCAGUUGGAGAUCAUCCAUGAGUAUAAUGACAUGAAGACAGAACUGAAGGACUACCUGCAAAGAUUUGCUGCAGAAGGCAAGGUGGUGAGACCUGAGGACAUUCGUCAGUUUUUUGAACAGCAGCAAAGCCGUAAGAGAAGAAGAGCCAAUGUGGGCCAGUACUGCUGCAGCUAAACCGUCCUUCACCAUUGCCACUUCAAGCAUACCAGCUACAUCCAAACCUUCAUGUUGUUGUUUUUUUUUUCCCCUUUAGACCCCCACUGGAACAUUUUAUAAAAAAAUAAAUAUGCAGUUUAAAUUCAGGCCCUCAUAACCUUUGUAUGAUUUUGACCUUGUGUGAUGUCAGGUUUUGUGAUCCCAAAGAUGUAGCUGUAAUUCUUUUCUCACAAUCCUGCCAUUUCAAACAGGGCUCGAGUUUGAGAUGAUGUUCAGCUUGACUUGUCUUGAUUGGCUCAGUGUCCAGAUUCAUAAUGGGAGGAAAAGCACCUCUGUAAUGCCAUGUGAAUAGGAAUUGCAGUUAUUCCUCAGGAUUUUUAAAAUGGUGCCACUGUUAUUAUCAUUAUGGAAGGCUAUUAAGGAAGUCAUGAUCUCAUGAUUGUAGUCGGCGUUAAUUCUGUUAAAUUUCUGGUGAGAUGGCAGAUAUUAAUAUUCUGGAUGUCAGGGUCAAUAGCGCCACAGCCUGCAGAUAUUUUAACCUAAAUCUAUGGAAGCACUGCAUAUUCCCUCACCUACUGUAUCUCAAGAUAUUUGCAUAGGCUAAAGGUAAGAAAGUCAGGUUGUUCAGUUCACUUACAAUUGUAAAAAUAUUGAUUAUUUUACCUUGUUUUAACCUGUUGUUUGUAGACUUUUCCUUUUUAUGUCCUACCUUUGAGAAAUAAACAUGGUAAUACAUGUG